ACUCCCUCCAAUCGCCACACAGAACUCAGCGCAUGCGCAAAUCCCGGAGCGGCCUCCACUUGCCAGCCCCAAGAUGGCGGCUCCCUGGCGGCUGUUCCGCGUCCGCUCAGCCUGGCUGUCACGCCGGUGUCUGUCCUCCUCCUCCGCCCCCCCGAGCUCAGCCGCCAUCCGCAGCACCUUCCUCAGGUACUUCGAGGAGCGCCACGGACACCGGCACGUCCCGUCCUCCCGGGUGCGGCCCCGGGGGGACCCCAGCCUGCUCUUCGUCAAUGCGGGCAUGAACCAGUUUAAGCCGAUGUUCCUGGGCACGGUGGACCCGCGGAGCGAGAUGGCGCAGUACCGCAGGGUGGUGAACAGCCAGAAGUGUGUGCGGGCCGGGGGGAAGCACAACGACCUGGAGGACGUGGGCCGGGACGUCUACCAUCACACCUUCUUCGAGAUGCUGGGGAACUGGUCCUUCGGGGAUUACUUCAAGGAGGACGCGUGCCGCAUGGCGUGGGACCUCCUGACUCGGGGUUACCGGAUCCCAGCUGACCGCCUCUACGUCACCUACUUUGGUGGAGAUCCGGAGUUAGGACUUCCUGCUGACGAAGAGACCAGAGAGAUCUGGCUGAGCCUGGGUAUUCCACCAUCACGCCUGCUGCCAUUCGGUCUGAAGGAAAACUUCUGGGAAAUGGGGGAGAUGGGCCCCUGUGGCCCCUGUACAGAGAUUCACUACGAUCACGUGGGUGGCCGGAACGCCUCGGCUCUGGUGAACCAGGACAGUCCGGACGUGGUGGAGAUCUGGAAUCUGGUGUUCAUGCAGUACAACAGAGAAGCGGACCGGAGUCUGAGACGGCUGCCCCAGCGCCAUGUGGACACAGGGAUGGGUCUGGAGAGGUUGGUGACCAUCCUUCAAGGGAAGCGCUCCAACUAUGCCACCGACCUGUUCACUCCCAUUCUGGAGGCGAUCGAGAGG